CUAUUUUGCCAGCUGAGCAUACCAGAGCAGUUUUCCUUUCUUUCCCUCACCGCCACGAGACUCCUCAGUCAUGACGCUCCCUGCAAUGUCGCUCCUGCUGCGACUUCUCAUCGUCGUUGCCAUCCUGCACCCUCUCUGCGUUCUGGCGCAAUGGCCUCAUCCGAAGAAGAUUUCCGUGGGCAAAGGCACUCGCUCCAUCAACGUCAGCAAGCUGAAAGUCACCUCCGACUCGCAUCUCCCGAAUGAUGUCAACGACGCCUUCGAGCGCUUCUUGCAUUCUAUCAAGGAGAAGCCCUUGGUUGGGAUCAACUCGCCUGGAGGUGCAAGUGGCAGCCAGCCUGGACAGGGCAUCGCGGAGGUCCAUAUGUCGCUGCGUGGCGGAGGCAAGUCGAAGCGCGGCCAGCAGCCCUUGACGUUUGAUGGCCUUGAGAUCCUCGGUCAAUACAGCGAAGCCUAUCAUCUCAGCAUCCCAGCGACCGGUGCUAUCCGCAUCUCAUCCAACUCAAGCCUGGGUCUGCUUCGAGCCCUCUCCACUCUUGAGACGCUCACCGUCGCUGACGGCAGGAACAAGGAGGCCCGCUACAUCACUAAGACGCCAAUCGAGAUCGAAGACGAGCCUGCCUAUCCAUACCGCGGCUUCCUCCUCGAUGUGGCCCGGAACUACCUUCCCAUGCCCGCUAUCAAGCGACAGGUGGAUGCCGCUUCUCUUGUCAAGAUGAACCAGAUGACGCUCCACAUCACUGAUAGUCAGAGCUUCCCUCUUCAGCUACCGGGCAAGCUCAAGAAGCUGAGCGAGGCGGGCUCGUACGAUGGGCAGGUCUACACGCCCGAGGAUAUGAAGGGUUUGAUUGACUACGCAGCCGCGCGAGGUAUCAACGUGAACGUCGAAAUCGACAUGCCUGGCCACACGUACCAGGGCGUGGUCCAGUACGACCCUUCGCUCAUUGAGUGCCCCAACAAGCCAGACUGGAACAAUUGGGCGAAUGAGCCUCCUAGCGGUCAACUGAGCCUCACCAACCCAAAGGCAAAGCAGUACGCAACAGACGUCAUCGAGGCGACGGCAAAGCUGUUUCCCUCGUCUUACUUCUCCACUGGAACGGACGAGGUCAACAUCAAGUGCUACGGCGCCAAGGACAAGAAGGACAUCGAUGACAAGCUCAAUGCUUUCCUCAAGAAUGCUCACGCUGCUGUCACCAAGGCGGGCAAGACGCCCAUGGUCUGGGAAGAGGCCGUGACCGACUUUCCCAAGACGGGCAAGAGCCUUCCGCCUGACACCCUCGUUCAGACUUGGAUCUCGUCAGACAGCGUCAAGAAGGUCCUAGCUGCCAAUGACAAGGUGCGCGUCAUCAACUGUCCACUGGAUAGGGUCUACCUCGACCUUGGUCGCGGCGAGUGGCUCCAAGGAGCAAUCGGCCAGUCCUACAGCCCUUACUGCACCUGGGGCGCCAUCUACACCUUUGACCCCCUCAACGGCACUACGCCCGCAAACGCGCAUCGCGUCGUCGGCUCGCAGACCCUGCUCUGGAGUGAGCAGUCAGACGAGACGGUCGUCGACUCCCUACUCUGGCCCCGUACGGCGGCGCUCGCCGAAGUCCUUUGGACGGGCAAGAACAAGGAAGUCAACGGUAAGAGCAGCAAGCUCGACCCGGUCGAGGCUCAGCCGAGGUUGAAUGAGCUGAGGAAGCGACUUGUCAAGACCAAGGGAGUCGGAGCCACCCCGUUGCAGCCGCAGUGGUGCGACAAUCAUAGCUGCCCAAACCCUUUCGGAUGA